CAGAGGGACACCGAUAUUGCCUGACUAUGACAGACAGGUUCACCCGUUGGCCCGAAGUCACCCCCAUGCGCGACAUGUCCGCCGAAACUGUCGCCCGAACUUUCUACUCCACGUGGAUUGCACGAUUCGGAUGUCCUCUCCGAAUAACCACCGAUCAGGGCCGUCAGUUUGAGUCCCACCUCAUGACAGCUGUGAGCAAUCUUUUCGGCAUAAAACGCUGCAGAACCACGGCCUACAGGCCCCAGUGCAACGGAAUCAUAGAGCGCUGGCACCGUACCAUCAAAGCCGCCAUCAUGUGCCACGAAAACCCCAACUGGCUAACCAUCUUACCGACAAUUCUGCUAGGGCUAAGAACGGCGCUCAAACAAGAUCUGCAAUGUUCGCCUGCCGAGAUGACAUACGGCUCGCAGCUGAGAAUCCCUGGCGAAUUCUUCUUUAGCGCGCAGACCGACGACGGGUACGAAGACCCAGCAACAUUCGUCGGACUACUAAAAGAGCACAUGAGAAAGUUGCAGCCGGUACCCGCAACAGCCCACGACAAGCGAAAAGUGUUCGUGCACCAGGAGUUGCAGAGAUGUAGCCAUGUCUUCUUAAGGGAAGACGCCGUGAAACGACCCUUACAGCAGCCGUACACAGGCCCCUACGAAGUCCUUGAAAGGCGAGAAAAUAACGUCAAAAUUGACGUCAACGGCAAGGCAGUCCUAGUUCACCUGGAUCGCCUCAAACCAGCAUUCUUGGCACAGGACGUCGCUGAACCCCAACCUCCACAAACCGUCCCUUUUUCGGCCAGCCGCGCCUCCAGGGAGGAUAAGAGAUCGACCCGACCUCCGAUUAGAUUUCGCGACUACAUUCCGCAUUGACAGCGUCCAUGCACCUAGUGUAAUGUAGCCACUGGAGGGGGAGUGAUGUGGCGCCCUCUGGGGAGGGGACGUCAGUUCUCAAGUCCCGCAAAAACAAAACCGCGUGUCGCGUAAUCAGCCUCCAUUUGUUAUUUUAUAUGGUUGUACGAAUACCGUGUGUGAAUAAACCUUGUGUAAAAGAGAAA